AUGGCAACAAAAGCAGCAAUGGUAAGGCUAGUGGUGGAUGCAGGCAAAGCUGCCCCUGCACCGCCAGUUGGUCCAGCACUAGGAUCCAAGGGAGUCAAAGCCAUUGAUUUCUGUAAAGAAUUCAAUGCCCGUACCGCCCAUUACGAACCGGGAACACCAAUCCCCUGUUUGGUCAAGGUCAAACCCGAUAGAACUUUCUCAUUUGAAAUCAAAUCACCACCUACAUCAUGGCUUUUGAUGAAAGCCGCUCAAGUGGAAAAAGGUAGUGGUAAAGCCGGUAGUGAAACAGUUGGAUCAAUAAGUUUGAAACAUGUGUGGGAGAUUGCCAAGAUCAAACAAACUGAUGAUCGACAUAAAGAUUUAGAUUUGAAGGCUAUUGUUGGAAGUAUAAUAAGUACGGCCAACGUGGUUGGUAUUGAAGUUGUACCAUAG